UUAUUGCUAUUGAACCAUCAAGUGCAGGUAGAAGGGAAGGUAGCUCUAAUUACAGGAGGAGCCAAUGGGAUAGGACAAUGCACUGCUAAAGUGUUUGCACACCAUGGGGCCAAAGUUGUAAUUGCUGAUAUCCAAGAUGAUCUGGGACAUUCAGUUUGUGAGGACAUAGGGCACUCAAACUGUUCCUACGUCCAUUGCAACGUCACUAAUGAAGACCAAAUCAAAAGUGCCGUUGACAAAGCUGUCGCCACUCAUGGAAAGCUGGACAUCAUGUUCAACAACGCCGGCAUCGUCGAUGCCAACAAGGCUCGCAUAAUCGACAACGAGAAAUCCGAUUUUGAACGUGUUCUAAGUGUUAAUGUAACCGGUGUUUUCCUAGGAAUCAAGCACGCAGCCAGGGUCAUGGUUCCCACCCGAAGUGGUAGCAUAAUUUUGACGUCGAGUGUAGCCUCCAUACUAGGUGCUGCUGCAUCGCAUGCGUAUUGCGCUUCGAAGCACGCGGUGCUGGGACACACCAGGAAUACGGCAGUUGAGCUCGGGCAAUUUGGGAUCCGAGUUAACUGUUUGUCUCCCUACGCUCUUGCGACGUCUUUAACGACGGGAUUCACCGGGGCUAAAGACGACGAGGAGCUCGAGAAAGUGAUGAGUAUGUUGGCUAACCUUAAGGGUGUGUAUCUUAAAGCUGAAGAUGUAGCAAAUGCAGCACUUUACCUAGCAAGUGAAGAGGGAAGAUAUAUUAGUGGGCAUAAUCUGUUCAUAGAUGGAGGGUUUAGUGUUGUCAAUCCAUCGUUCCAAAUGUUUCAAUACCCGAACGACUCUUGAGUACA